CCUUUUGCAAUAACGCAAGUUACUGUGGUGACGUGGAAACAUGGUGGAGUAAAUUAGGAAAGUAGCUGGGAAAUAUCGGCAAUAUUGAACCGUAGUUAAUAAUAAACAGAAGAAGAGGGAAAUAAGAGCAGCGUAACACUGGGAAGAUCGGCGCUCCCGGCAGAGGUGUCAUACCGACGCGCGUCAGGGCCUAGUUCUGUUCGUCAUGAAGCUCUAAGAGGACCUUGUCCAAUAUUAGGAUAUGGGGGCUAACACAAGCCAGGUCAAUGACCUGUCGCAAAAUCCAAGCCUCGGAUCCUUGGUUGGGACAGAGGCCAUUUCUGAAAAUGACCCCUUCUGGAAUCAGCUGAUUUCCUUCACUUUCACCAGUCCUACCAGCAGCAGAGACUCCAAACUGUUGGAGGAGGCCGUCAUCCCGCUUGCCAAGAUCCUCAUUGAAAACAAUCCUAGGACAGGAAACUUCGGAGCCCUUGUGAAAAUUUUCCUUGGACGCACCAAAGAGCUGAAAAUAUCAACAGAAUGCCAAGACCAGCUCUUCAUCUGGCAGGCCCACAACGCUCUCUUCAUGAUCCGCUGCUUGCUGAAAGUCUUUGUCCGAGAGAUGAGCGAGGAGGAGCUGCACAUGCAGUUCUCCUACCAGGAGAGGGCGCCAGGCUCCAGUGAGACGGGAAGCGAAGACCUCCUUGAGGAAUUAAUCUGUAACCUUGUCCACCUGAUCGUGGAGGUGCCCCUGCUGGAUAUUACCUACAGCAUUCUGUUUGAGGCAGUGACCACACUCCUUGUCCUGCUUUCAUAUCAACUUUUCCACAAGGAGAUACUGAGGGAUGGAAUCAUCUACAAGUACCUGAUGCUGGGGAAAUGUGUGGACCUCACUAGCCGCCUGGUGAAGACCCUGCUUUACAACUUCAUCCGGCAGGAGAAGUGUCCGCCUCCUGUCACCCAUAUUUUCGAAUCGCAGUCUGAAGGAGGGGGACUUUUGUAUGGACUUGCUUCCGGUGUAGCAAGUGGACUCUGGACCGUCUUCACACUCGGGGGUGCCGGAAGCAAGCUGAGCCCAGACCAAGAGCAGCAGCCGCUGCCUCUGCCCAAUCAGAGCCUGCUGUUACUGUUGGUGCUGGCCAACUUGUCCGAUGGGCCCGACUGGCCCAAUCCUUACCGACAGGCCAUCAAGUCGUUCAAGAACACGCAAGAUACGUCGUCUAUCCCAUCACCGAACCCACACGCCUUCCAGAUCAACUUCAACAGCCUGUACACGGCCCUGUGUGACCAGCAGAGGUCGGAUCAGGCCACUCUGCUACUGUAUAUCUUGCUGCACCAGAACACCAACGUGCGCACCUACGUGCUGUCCCGCACCGACACGGAGAACCUGGUCAUGCCCAUCCUGGACAUCCUUUACCAUGUGGAGGACAGGAACUCUCACCACGUCUAUAUGGCCCUCAUCAUCCUCCUUAUCCUCACAGAGGAUGACACAUUCAACCGAUCCAUUCAUGAAGUUAUGUUGAAGAACAUCACCUGGUACACGGAACGCUCUCUGACUGAGAUCUCCCUGGGGAGCCUCCUGAUCCUUGUGGUAAUCCGCACCAUCCAGUUCAACAUGACCAGGACCAGGGACAAGUACCUUCACACAAACUGCCUGGCCGCCCUGGCUAACAUGUCAGCCCAGUUUCGCUGCCUGCACCAGUACGCUGCCCAGCGUAUCAUCAGCCUGUUUGCACUGUUGUCCAAAAAGCACAAUAAGGUUCUGGAGCAGGCCACGCAGUCCCUGAGAGGUCCGAUGGGCUCAGAAGGCAACGCCGCACUUCCAGACUAUGUGAGUCUCACAGUCUUUGCU